AUGCUUUUCCAGUUUAGACGAUUUCUGACAAAAACAUUCUCAGGAUUAUCUUCAAUUAAUUCUUUAAAAAAUGAUACUGUUCUCACUAGUUUGUAUUACAGUACUGAUGCAGAUUCUUUUCGAAUUCAUGAAUUUACUGAAAAAUAUCUUAAUCAUCACAAGGCUAAAUUUACUGAAAAACUACAAAUUCUAUCACCAACUGAAGUGUCAACUGUACCAAUUUAUCGUGUGACGAAUUCAUUGGGACAAAUUGUAGAUUCAGAAUAUCAUUUGAAUUUCUCGAAGGAAUUUGCCCUGAAUAUGUAUAAGACUAUGGUUACCUUAAGUCAAAUGGAUAAGAUUUUGUACGAUUCUCAACGUCAGGGACGAAUUGCAUUUUAUGUUUCUAAUACUGGAGAGGAGGCUUCUCAAGUUGGUUCUGCAGCAGGCUUACACGAUAAUGAUUUGAUCUACGCUCAGUACAGAGAAACCGGUGCUUUGCUAUACAGAGGAUUUUCUAUGGAUAGAUUUAUGCACCAAUGUUGUUCAAGUUCCAAAGAUAUCGGCUGUGGAAAACAAAUGCCAGUACAUUAUGGUUCAGUGGAACAUAAUUUUGUUACCAUAUCAUCACCUUUGGCAACACAAAUGCCACAAGCUGUUGGUUCUGCUUAUGCAUUUAAAAGACAGAAAAAUGGAUCUAUUGUUCUGGUUUAUUUUGGUGAAGGCGCAGCGUCGGAAGGUGACGCUCAUGCAGCUUUCAAUAUGGCUGCAACAUUGAAGUGUCCAAUAAUAUUUUUCUGCCGAAAUAAUGGGUAUUCUAUUAGCACACCAACAAAUGAACAGUAUAGCGGGGACGGUAUAGCCGGUAAAGGCCUUGGAUAUGGUAUCCAUGCCAUACGAGUUGAUGGUAAUGAUCUAAUAGCUGUGUACAAUGCAACUAAAGCAGCUCGGGAAAUAGCGAAAGACAAUAAACCCGUAUUAAUUGAAGCAAUGACUUAUCGACUAGCCCCUCACUCGACAUCUGAUGAUCCAACUGCUUAUCGGUUAAAUGAAGAAGUGAAAACUUGGUAUAAUGAGAAUCCGAUUCUUCGUUUCAAAUUAUUUUUACAAAACCAGAUGUGGUGGAGUGAUGAAGAAAAUAAUGCUCUCGAAGAGGAAGCACGACAACAAAUUUUGAAAGCACUUUUAUCUGCUGAAAAAACUCCAAAACCACACAUCUCGAAAAUGUUUGAAGACGUAUAUAAAGAAAUGCCACAAAACUUGCGACAACAACAUGACCAGCUGAUAAAACACCUCAAGAAUUACGGUCAACAUUACCCUUUACAGAAUUUCGAGUCCGAUCAAGAUUUGUUCCAAGCGAGAGAUCGGUGUCAUCAGAUCGAGUACGUAGUAUGA